AUGGCAACUAAUUUUUUUCGGACAGCCGAAAUACAUGCUCCUUUGGAUAAACGUGUUUACUAUCACGAUAAUGGUAGAUGGCAAGGUUAUCGAACAGCUAAAGAUGUUGAAUUUGGAACAAUGCAAUCGUCCAAUUUUAAUCCAGGACGAGAAUCUGCAAUUGAACAUCACGAUGUAGAAUUAGAUCCAUUAUCGGUUGAAGAGGAAGAUGAUUCAUUUAACACAGCACAUACAACAUCACAAAAUUAA